AUGCCCGAGUCUUCCACCACCGUUUCUCUUCCCAGCUAUCCAGAUACAGAUUAUGCUGAGAUUUUUGUGGUGCGUCAUGGUAAAACAGCAUGGAAUUCUGAGGGAAGAGUUCAGGGACAAGUGGAUGUUGAAUUAAAUGAAACGGGAAGAAAACAAGCAGUUGCUGUGGCUAAUAGACUAUCCAGCGAAUCAAAGAUCUCUGCUAUAUAUUCUUCUGACCUGCAACGGGCUUUUGAAACAGCACAGAUAAUUGCAGUCAAAUGUGGAGGAUUAGAGGUUGUGAAGGAUUUGGACCUACGGGAAAGACACAUGGGGGAUCUUGAAGGCCUUUGUUAUCGUGAAUUGUGGAAGACUAAUCCCAUAGGUUUUGAAGCUUUGGUGUCUAAGGAUGAUGAUCGAGAACUCCCUGGUGGUGGAGAAAGUUUUAUUCAACUGUUUGAACGCUGCAAAUCUGCAUUGCUGAGAAUUGGAAGAAAACAUAAAGGGGAACGAGUUGUGGUCGUGAGUCAUGGUGCAUCCAUCGAAACACUUUACAAGUGGGCCAAUGCAAAAGGAAGCUAUGCAGGGAAAAUAGACAAUGCAUCAGUCGCUGUUUUUCACUUUUAUGGCGAGGAUAAUUGGACUUUAAAAAUGUGGGGUGAUGUUAGCCAUCUCAACACAACUUCUGCUUAG